AUGAAAACCGCCGAAGUCCAACGGAAACUGUCCUUGGAGGAUCAAAAGUAAGUAAUUUAACACUAAAAAGUGAGUAAUUUGACGUUGAAAUAAAUGGCCUCGACGGAAUUUCUCGAAAAUAGACCGUUUAUACUAUUAUCUUAUGUGACAUAAUAACAAGUAAUGACACUAUUAAAGUAGUUGAACACGAUUUAUUAAUUCGAGAACUGUUUUUUAAAGCAAGAAUUGUUCCAGAAGACUCUUUCAACGCCCAGUUCCCCCUUUGCCCCCAGGAUGUCGAGAUCCUCGGCCGAAAUUCAAAGAGCCAGUGGCCAAUCAAGAGUUCGAUCAGCCCCAAUUAUGGCCUCAAGUGAUGCCCACCUUUAUGAGGGACUUCCUUAUGUCCAAGAAACCCCUUGAAGCAGAUGCUUAUGUUGCCUGCAAGAACGGAUAUGUCUGGGCUGUCGCUUUAUCCGAUAUCGCAAAAGUGGAGAAACUGUUUGUAAGCAUUUUCUGGGUUGUGAAUAGUUAAUCUUUCAGUUCCUCAACAACAAGUGGAAGACGAAACUACAGGCCUAUUUCUGGACCCUUCUACUCCAUGUGCAAUUUUGCCGUAAGUGUAUUUACAAAAACAGAAAACCUUAUUUUCAGAAGACCUAGAUAGAAGUCAUGGAUUCCGUUAUCGACUGAACCGAGCUACUAAAGCGCUGAUUCAGGUGAAGAUUGACGCUUUCGAAUGUCGUAAGUACAAAACACAUACAAGUACUCGCUUUUGAAGGGUAUCGUAAUUCGUUAUUUUUAAUUAUAGCCUUGGAGAAACUCCUGAUAUUUGGAGAUGACUACUUCCAAUUAAUAUAUAAAUACAGCGAAAUGAAUGGCCUUAGGCAGAUGAGACUCAUCAAACGAAAUGUUAACAGCAUAAGAAUCGGUCAGUUGGGCCAAUCUUUGGACUCGCUCGUCAAACAAUGGCCCUCUAACUACGAGGUCUUGUACUCAAGUAAGCCAUCAAAUUUGCAAAAAACAAGUUUCUUUGUCAUUCUCACAUACUCUAAUACUCAAAGAUGGUCACCACAGUAAAUAAUAUCCCAUUAAGCCCUUAUGACGUAUUUCAGAGAUCCAGGACAUUACCCUGGGGCUAUGUUUCAUGAAACAAGAGGCGCAACCUCUUCUCAACUGGAUUAUUCAACGGAAUAUCCCCACAAUUCGAAGGCUAAACAUCCCGUUGAGGGAUCCGAGGUGGGAAAUCUUCAAAAAACUUGAUUUGGAAUGGUGUCGAGGAGUAAUCGACAGGAGAUCGGACAAGAACUGCACCAAGAUACUCAAACUGUGCACCGAAACGCUAUGCUUGGAGUUCUACGGGGAAUUUAAGCUGAGUAUAUUUGAAGAAUUCCUAAAGUAAGAAAACUGUAUCAAAGAUACAACAUUUAUAGUUACAAAAGAUCAUUCCACAGCAGAAUUCGGGUAAUCGAAUUCGUUUGGCAUGGAUUUGGAAGCGAUUAUAUGAGAUUGCUGGAACGAUUGACCCGCUUGGUACUGCUGGUCAAGAAACAUGGACCAAAUAUUCGUGUUCUGACAUUCCGAGAAGGGCGGUCAAUUAACAUCGACCCCGGGGACAAGCAGUCCAACAAUGUAUGGAGUCGCGUUUUCCAUUUCCGAAGGAAAAUUAGAGAACAAUUGGCCGAGAACUGGGACCAAAAGAUCGGAAAUCUCAGCUUUCGCGUGGUAUUUAAACUGAGCUUCCACAGUUUUCAGAAGGUGAGUCGGAUCUUAAAUUACUUUAGACAUAUUCCUUUUAGUCUUGGCUAGGAUGCGCAGAAUUCGAAAUCCAGCAAAACAGAAUGUCCUUCCACUUUAACAACAACAACGGUGGCCGGAGAGAAUGCAUCGAUCAACACCGCAAUUUCUUUAAUCUACCGGAUCAGCAAUUCAAAAACAGAGUUCUUAGGGAAAUCUCGGUUAGACUGCCAAACAAACAAUACUAUUUUGUUGGUCCAACAAAGGGAAAGAAGUAUCACUUAUACGAGUCUCCGACGAAAAAGGAGAAUCUGUACUUCCUUCAUUUGGACUUGGAAGAAUUCAACAGAAAGUACAAGGCCAAGGUGAGAAUUUAAAAUAGUAAAGACUUCUUAUCCUACUUUGUUCUAAUUUCUCGUUUCAGGAUACCGCUCGCAUAUAUUCCCUGGAAGACCGAACCCUAAUCCGACCAUCUGAUAUUGACUAUCGCAAAGAGUUAGAACGUCUGAAGAACCGUCUUGAAGUUAUCAGCUAUCGCCGAGCAUCUCGCCGAGAUGCCCAUACCUUCAGAAACGCUCAAAUACCUCGCCGCAUCUACACAAACCAUAAUAUUAUUCGUAAAUUCAGGGUCUGGCAGAGCCCGAGUCUGCCCGCGGAUCUCAAGAAGCCCAUUUCAGAUCAAUCUCAGCCCUCGUCCUUCAGUUUCAAGUGUUUUAAAAAACCGAAACAAAAAAGAAUUCCGCAUAAGAAAAUCUCACUGCCAUUGGAGAAAACACAUGUGAUUAUGUAG